UUCAGUAACAAUAGUCAAGAAACAACUCGAUCUUACAGCGAAACAAACAAGUCUCUUACGUGUUGGCAAAUUAGGCUACUACAAGUAUCAAAAUCAACUUUUGGACCAAAAACAUAAAACCGACAGUAGGCUUGCCUCGGCUUCGUUUAUCCUUAAUAUACUGCUUCUCUUUGCCAAUGCAGCAGCGUCAGUUAUAUCUGGUUCGCUGUCAGUGAUAAGUGCUUUUAUUGAUUCUGCAAUGGACAGCACUAGUGGGCUAUUAAUUUAUAUGAGUAUUUGGGCAAUUAAAAAUACAAAUUCCUUCAACUAUCCGCGCGGUCGCUCAAGGCUGGAACUAGUUGCAGUUUUAGCAUGCUCAAUUAUCAUGGGUGUUGCUAAUAUAAUGAUGAUCAUCCAGUCGGUCGAAUCUAUUGUUAACAAGACGGUUCACCCGGACGCUAAUCUACCUACAAUUCUGAUUCUUGUGAGCGGAUGCUUCUGUAAGGUUGUUCUAAUGAGUGCAUGCUACAGACAUGGUACACCAAGCAGUAGGAAUUCGUUUGCAAAAUCUUUAGUUUAUACCUAUGUUGGCGAUCAUUAUUGGGCCUAUGCAGAUCCUUUAGGGGCUAUUUGCGUUUGUUCAUUUAUUGCGUUCUCGUGGUUUUACAACGCCAUUGAUAACAUACCAAUGAUGGUAGGGAAAAGGGCUGAACAAGAAAACCUGUCACGGAUUAUUCGACUCUGCAUGGAACACGAUUCAAACAUUAAAUGUCUCGACCACGUUAUGGUGUAUCACACGGGGGCUAAAACAAUUGUCGAAAUACACGCCGUCUUGGACGAAAGAUUGCCUUUAAAAACAACCCAUGACAUUAUUGAAAGCUUAACAAAAAAAGUUUCUGCACUUCCAUUUGUUGAACGCGCCUUCGUGCAUUCAGAUUACUGCUGCGAUUACGACUGGUUAUCGUAA